CGAUGGGAGUCGGGCUACACCCACUCACAUUCGGUACUCACAAAUUUACUGCAAAUCUAUAUAUAUAUAUACUACGACUUAUUCCAAUGAACAGCGGCAAUUGCAAUGGCUAAGAAAAACAAAAAUAAAACCAAAGUAACAAUAAAUGAGUUGAUGAUUGAUACAAAAGCAAAGACACAAAUUGUUUUCCACUCGACGCACAAUUUCGCGUGCGUUUACCUGCGGAAUUGAGUUAGCAUUGACAUUAGGGAAUCCUCCGGGCGGAAAAACGUCUGCGGCAUUUUCAGGCUAAUGACACCAGGAAAAACACUCUCGCUCCCGAUCCGCUUUUCCAGUGCAACGAGGCCUGCAGACUAAUCUCCUCGCCUACCUGCCAAGGCGUAACAUCGGUGCCAUGAAAUCCAUAAAAACCAGGCACUUCCCGGAGCCCAAAACUAGUCGUCAUUCGCGUCACAUCCGAUACAGACCGAUAAAGACAAUCACGCGAUCUUCAAGAUGCCACAGCCAGGCGGGGAUUACAUCAUCAUCAUCACUCUCUUGGUUACGAUAUGUUUCGUACAUUUUGCCAAGACAGCCAGCUAUCAGCUGCAGAACUACGACCUGGAUUCGGACAAUGGCGGUAUAUCGAACUCCAGCAGCGACGAUGAUUUCUAUGGAGGAGUAACUUCCCUGGAGAGACCGAUUUCUUGGCUGAGAAGUGCCAACAGUAUGAUCGGCAGUCCAGCUGGUCAUGUGGUCAUCCAGGUGGCCAAGGAACUGCUGCAUCGAUCGGCCGGCAACAGUCAAGUCCUAAGUUUGAAUCUCACCAAUCUGCUGAUCAUCAUUCUGCUAAAAGUCCUCAUUUUCUCAGCUGGAAUGCUGGGAGCGGGACACUGGAGUGCCUAUGGCUAUGGCCAUGGUCGCUCAGCUGACAGUAACUUUGGUUUGGGCCUAACUUCUGGGGAUGACUAUCUGAUAACUGGAUUUCUGGCCGCCCAAGGAGCCGGUAGAGAUGAGUGUCUAUAUGCAGCAUCCUGUGCCUGCCCGGCGGCAGCCUAUGAAUACGCGAAGGCAGGACGUUCUCUUUUGGGCGCCAUUGAAAUUUUCCAAGGUGCGCCUUUAGAGAAAGCGCGCUACAACGAUCUCAUCGUUCUGAUGGAGAGAGCCGCCCACGAUGGCUUUCAAGGAUCGGCCUGCAACACAACCCAGUCCUGUGAUGGAUUGCUCUAG